AUGGGGAAAAAAGUGUCUAAGGCUACCAAGAAGUUUCAAUCGAAGCAUUUAAAAGAUGCUAUUGAUAAGAGACGUAAAGAUAAACAGCUACAGAAGAGGAUCCAAAGUCGUAGAGGUAAUAAAACUGAUGAGGAGAAAAAAAAUGCUGCUGGUACGAAGGAAGAACAAAAAAUGAAGAAAUCUGCCAACAAUGAAGUUUUCAAUGACAUGCAGAUUGAACAAUAUUUUGACAAAGGUUUUGAAUUACCAAAAACUAGUAAAAAAGUUAAAAACGUUGAUCAAAGAAGGAAUAACUCAGCCUCAGAAUCCGAAUCCGAAUCUGAUGCCAAUGAUAUCGAUAUGUUAGGCGAAGAUGAAGAAGUUCAAAAAUAUUUACAAAAUGAAACAGAAGAAAUAUUUCAUGCUGAUGUUCCAACGAUUAAUGAAAAAGAGCCAAUUAAGAAAUCUAACUCUUCUAUAACUAAAAGUAUAUUAACUGAAUCUGUUGUCGAAACAUGGGAAGAAAAAUUAACUAAUAAACCAAAUUUAAAAGUUAUUAAGAAUACAAUUGAUGCUUUCCAAUAUACUGUCGAGUAUGAAAAUGCCCCAGAAAGAUUACUUAACAAUCCAUUUCAUAUCGAUUCAGAUGAUGUUAUGCAGUCGAUUGUCAGAUUAGGUUUGGAGGACUUGCCAAAAGCAAUUACAAGUUUAGUUGCAUACAAAUUGAAAAAAGGUGUCAGAACUUUAGCAACUGGUUCUAAUGUUGAAACAUUAUCGAAACAUAUCCAAGUGCAUAUUAUAUCUUUAAUACACCUAAUGUCUUCGUUGAAUGAUUCAGAUACUCUUGAUGUGGUUCUAACUUCCAUUAACGACCUAUUACCUUACGUUGUGGGAGAUAAGAAAAGUUCCAAGAAACUUAUAAAACAAAUGGUCGAAAUAUGGGGAAAUUCAGAUGAUGAGUACACAAUCAUUUUGAUUGCUAAUUAUUUAAUAGAUUUUUCUACUGAAUUUAGAUCUUUACUUUUACAGAGUGUUAUGAAGACUAUUUACUCAUCAUUUGUUUCAAAUUGUCGUAAAAUAAAUGAAGACAGUUUAUCUAGAAUUUUGGCUCAAAUGAAAUCCACAACAGACUUAUUUUUGGUUGACGAGACAAUCAGUUAUACUAUUGGUUUUGAUUACAUCAAACAAUUAGCAUUGCAUCUAAAAAAUUCUAUGAGUUCAAAUAAAGAACUUUCCAUGGAAGAACAGGCCAACAACUACAAGAGUGUUUAUAAUUGGCAAUUUAUAAUGUCAUUAGAUUUUUGGUCCAGUGUGGUAAUAGCUUCCUACAAUUCUGAGGAUUCAAAAAAGGAUAGUCCAAUCAAAGAAUUAUUAGCACCAUUAGUUCAAACAAUGUUAGGAACUACAAGAUUGAUUCCGACUCCUCAAUUCUAUCCUCUUAGAUUCCAUAUUGUAAGAACAUUAAUAGAGAUCAUUGAAUCAUCCGGAGCUUUAAUACCUGUAUAUCCAAUCAUAAAUGAAGUAUUGUUUUCAAAUUUAUUUUUUAAGCAAGUCAGGGCUUCAUCAGAUAAUGAAGCAUUUGAUUUCAAACACAACUUAAAGUGCCCAAUAGAAGAUAUCAACACAAAAUCUUAUCAAUUUUCUGUUUGGAAAGUAAGUAUAGAGAUUACUUUAGAAUAUUUACUUCCUUUCUGUAAACAAAUAGCAUUCCCAGAAUUAGCUACACCUAUUAUAGUUGCUCUAGAACAAUUCAAAAAAAAAACAGAAGAUAACCAAUAUGAAACAGGUGCAUCUAAUUUGAUAGAAAGAAUCCGUCAACAAAUUGAUUUUAUCGAUCAAGCCAGAUCCACGGUUAAUUACAACCCACAAAAUACAAAUAAUGUCUUAAAAUUCUUAAGUGAAACACCGGUUGAGAAGACACCAUUAGGUUCUUAUAUCAAAUCCCAACUUUCAUAUAAAUUUGAUAAAGAGUUCGAAAGUGCAAUCGAUUAUCUAAAAGAGAACAGUGAAGUAGAUGAUGACCUAGAACUUGAAGCAUCAGGUGAAGAGGAAUUUGAGGAUUUAUCUGAAGAAGGAACAUCAAGUUCUGAUUAA